CUACAAAACGUGGAGGAGCAGAGCGUCUUCCCUAUCGCGCAGGAGAAUGUGUUGGCUUCUUCUCCCCGACGAACUGUGGAGGCGAAUUCUGGAGAUCGGAAUCGAGAGCAACGGUUUCAGUUACAAGGAUCUCUGCUGCGUCUCAAUCUCAUGCCGCCGCCUUCAUCGCCUCUCCUCGGAAGAACCUCUUUGGAACCGUCUUCUCUUCUCUGACUAUCCCCAAUCCCAAUCUCACCCUUCUUCUUCUUCUUCUUCUUCUUCUUCUAAAUCUCUUUACAGAUUAAGGUUUGAGAGAGACAAGGAGAGGAGAAUAGCUGCUCAUAGGAGGGCUGUGCUGAGAAAGGAAAGCCAGGUUGCCGAACAUUCCAGAAGGCUCAAAGAUAUGAAGACACGUCUCGCUCAAGAAACCACCAAAGCCACGCAAACUGCUCAAGACUUGUCCAAUUUGCGCAGGCUCAGACAAGCCUUUGUAGCUUUGAAUGUGUGGCAACCAGAGGUUGUCCGGGGUAGGCAAAAACAAAUGGUAGAGCAAAGUGUUGUGCCUGCUGAAUGUCGGAUACAUGCGCUUGAGAUGGAAUUCAAGCUUUGUAAGCAACAGAUUCUGGGAUUGGAGAAGUCCUAUAAAGAUGAAAAGCGCAGACUUGAUACUGCAAAAGAAGAGUUGGCAUCUAUGAAGUAUCACCCUGUACAGGAGCAUAAGCCCACAAGUGGAGGGGAGAAUGAACAUGUCAAGCGGAAGAAGUUGAAAAUAUGCAAUAGCUGAAGACGUUGCAUUGGAUGAUGAGCAAUGUUCUAGACAGAUGAAUUUUGCUGGUCUUUCUUCCAUUGAAACUGGGAAUUUGUUUCUGCCAUGAAGACUGACUGCACAAAUGAUUAGCAAUACCUGUUGAAAACUUGAAUAAGUUAAUAAAAAAAAGUCUUAAAAUCAUUAUGUGUAACUUAAGAGUUAAGAUGACUUAGUUGGUCACUCAGUUGUAGCCAGUGGACUUCGAGGAAACCUUGUAGUUUGAGGAAAGCAAAAAGCAUAUCAUAGGAGGGAGUACAUUAUGUAGUCAUUGUAAAUUUAUGUUUUGUUAGUCCUUUAUAUUCUGUUGUGCGUUGUACAAGUUCUUUUGUUGAAUUAUCCCCUUCACAUAGCCAUUUGUUGAUGUUUUAGUUAUUUGACUA